AUGGCGUCCAAGAAGGCUGCGGUAAUUGUUAGCCUUGUGCUCAGAAUCUGCACUCUUUUUUUCGCAGCCGGAUGUAUAGUGGUUCUGAUACUAGACAAGGCCACUGACGAUGAUGGCUCCAAAGUUACUUUCAAAGACGUCAUUAGUAUGUGGUGGUCACGGCUGUUGUUGUAUCGUGCUUGUACCGGGAAGAGGCUCAUUCGUGGUCCUUUCUUGCCAACCUUAUAUUUUCAUGGAGACAAGGUGGUUGCCUUUGUUUUGGCAUCGAGUGUCGGGGCCGGUUUCUUGACGACGGCGGAACUGAAAAGAUUUAUAAAUGAUUUGUUGGAGUCAUUCGGGGCACGUUUAAAGGAUACUCCGUUCGAAGGUUUCUUUAACAGAGGGUAUCUGGCGACGGCGCUUCUGGCGGCCGCCUUCUUAUGCAUGGCUAUUCUCUCUAUAUUUUCCGCUCCCGCCGGUAACAAAGCUGCCGGGAACAAAGGUUUCUUCUUCAGAUGA